AGCUUCUUCACUCUCUUCUUCACUCUCCUGCUUCGGUAAAAAAUUCUUGAGAGCUUCGAGAAAUGUCGAUGUUAAUAGCGGCUAAAUCCGCUUCACUCUGCUGCUCAAACCCUUCGAUUUCAGAUAGAACCGGGCGAAAUCCUCGCGCAGUCCGAUCGGCUGCUUAUCCGACGGUGAGAAUGCAGUCACGUGUUCACCGUCUGAUUGAAGAGCAAGGCGCCGUGCUUGUUCCUGGAAUCUACGACGCUUUAUCGGCGGCUAUCGUGCAGCAGACCGGAUUCUCCGCCGCUUUGAUCUCCGGUUACGCUCUCUCCGCCGUGACUUUGGGAAAACCCGAUUUCGGUUUGAUAACACCCCCGGAGAUGGCAGCAACGGCGAGAGCAGUUUGUGCUGCUGCUCCAAAGAUUCCAAUCUUUGCGGAUGGAGAUACUGGUGGAGGAAAUGCUCUCAAUGUUCAAAGAACUAUAAAGGACUUAAUCGCAGCUGGUGCUGCUGGUUGCUUCCUUGAGGACCAGGCAUGGCCAAAGAGGUGUGGGCAUAUGCGUGGCAAAGAGGUCAUACCUGCCGAGGAGCACGCUGCUAAAAUAGCAUCAGCAAGAGACGCUAUUGGAGAUUCUGACUUUUUCCUCAUUGCAAGGACUGAUGCGCGUGCCCUUUCAGCUAAAACAGGACUUUCAGAUGCCAUUGACCGUGCUAAUCUCUACAUGGAGGCUGGAGCUGAUGCUUCCUUCGUUGAGGCACCAAGGGAUGAUGAUGAGCUUAAGGAAAUUGGAAAGCGCACAAAAGGUUACCGAGUUUGUAACAUGCUUGAAGGUGGACGCACGCCAUUACAUACACCUGAUGAGCUUAAAGAAAUGGGAUUUCAUCUGAUUGCUCACCCACUUACCUCGCUCUAUGCAUCGACUAGAGCUCUUGUCGAUGUUCUCAAGAUUCUCAAGGAAAAGGGAACCACCAAAGAUCACUUAGAAAAGAUGAUUACGUUCAAGGAGUUUAACCGUUUGGUGGACUUGGAUUCAUGGUAUGAGCUCGAAACCAAGUACUCAAACCUCAGGAACGCUCUUGGCGAAACAAAGUCAUGAGAUUCUGACAAACUCUGGCCACAAUGGAAGCUCUCAUGCCAAUGGUCUCUGACGAUUUGAUCCAGUAAUGUGUCAUCAAUAAUGUUAUCUUCUUUCUCACUUGUUAUGAAUCAAUAAUUGUGAUUUUGACAUGUAAAAAUCGCAAAAAACUUCUAAUUUUAUUAGUACAUCUUGUUCUUGUUUCUCCGACAAA